AUGGGGCUUUUAGAUUCCAAGGUGAAGAAGAAAUGUGAGAAAAACAAGAAAGAUCAUUUAGAACUAAAAGUCCUCCACACUGUUGGCUCAACAGCAUUUGUAAAGAUGCAAUAUGAUGAGUUUGGAGAGGGUAAAGAACUCCCAACUAAGUAUGCAUUUGCGCUUGUUGAGCAUCGUAAUGAUAAUAAACUUCAAGUUACACUUAGAAUGCAAUUAAGUGGAGAAGUCAAACGGACAAAUGCAGAUGAAGUCGAACAGUGUCCAAGGCUGUUGAAUAUGCUUUCUCUUGUUUCUGAAGUAAACAAACCAUUACGCAUGCUGAAGAUUUGCAGUUUAUCAACUAUUGCUCGAGAAUAUGUUGCUCUACGGUCAAUUAAAUCCCUUCCAUUCAAGGAUUUGAUAUUAGCAGCUGCUGAAAGCAAUUAUAUUUCUGAAGACCAGGCUUGGGAAAUUCCCAGACCUCUCAUGGAGUCUAUUGAAAGUAAUCACAAUAAAUCUCAACUGGACGCCAUUCGUGUAGGUCUUUCCCGUAAAAGAUUUGUUCUGAUACAGGGGCCCCCUGGAACAGGUAAAACACAAACAAUUCUUGGGCUCCUUAGUGCCAUCUUACAUGCAACUCCAGCAAGAAUAAACACAAAGUAGGUAUCUACCAAGUGUAGUUCAUUUUAUAUUAG